AUGUCAUAUUAUACUACAGAGCGAGGGAAAGGGCUUCGCUUCCGAGCUAUGGCGGAUAUUGUGACUGAAGGUGAUGGUAGUAGUCGAUUUAUGGGCGCUCUUCUCCCAGAGUCUGAGCAAGUGAAUCAUUCUGUAUUCCCAAUUUAUCGCCCGGAUGAAAUCGAAAUUUCACUAUCAGAUGGCAGCAGUGCCUUGCCAGCUUCUCCCCGAAAGGUAUACAUCCAAGGGCAAAAAGUUGCUUUCUUCAAACCAGUGGGCGCUGGAGAUGUAAACAGCACAUGCAGAGAGCUCAAAGCAUACGCAAGAUUAAAGUCGACCACGUUUUCCGAGGCUAUAUACACAUGUAGGCUACUUGGAAUCGUUCAUCUUCCUUCUUCGGGUCUCAUUGCUGGCCUCCUUCUUUCAUACAUCGAUUGCAACAACACAACCUUGCUUUGCAUAGGAGAAGACCUCCAAUAUAUCUCGAUGAGGCAGAAAUGGCUGACCCAGAUUACACGGUCUAUAGAGGGGCUUCAUAUGUGCGGUGCUGUUUGGGGUGAUGCCAAACCUGAUAAAGUUCUAAUAGAUACGCAAUAUGACGCGUAUCUUAUUGAUCUCGGUGGGGACUACAGCAAGGGCUGGGUGGAUAAGAAUCAGUAA